CACUACAACACAAGCCGCACCAGGUCAAAGUACUCACACGCCGCCAAAUUGUGGAGUGAUUUUGGUCCUGGGGGGAUGUCGACCACCGAGCGCCGCCGUAACGGCUCAGAGGCAUCCUGUGAGCCUUGCCGCAAAAGGAAGCAGAAGUGUGGACACGAGCAGCCAGUAUGUAUGGCCUGUCGCCGCCGAAAGCUCGAAUCCCGCUGCUGGUACCACCCUGCGCCUCUCUCGAAGCCACGAGGCAACAAUACACACUCCAGGCGUGCCGUUCCAUUUAGUCCGACCCCUUCUGGGAAGUCUGGGGGCGGGCACGGACAUGAGCCCGCAGGCCCUGUGAGAUCUCGUCUUGGAGGUAUUCUCGCCGGCACUGGCGCGCCAGAGAGAGCCUUGAGGAUCCACACGCUGCCUUUCUUGACAAUUGACUUUCAUGGGUGCCCGCCACAGGCUGUCGUGCCAGGCAUUACCAAUCGGGACGCAGAGGCCUCCAGGGAACAACUCAAUGCCACGGAAGAGAUUCUGUCUCACUUCAAGCAUAUCGCGAGGAUCGAAAAACUUGUCGAGGAUGGCAUCUUGUUCAGAGAAAUCGCCGUCGUCCCGCCUCCCGUUGUUCGGCGGUUCUUAGCCUCUAUCAAGAGCAUAGCUGCGGCUGCAGGAUACGGUGGUCAUAUUAAUAUUGAUGAUAACAAUAAUAAUAGUGAGGCCGCCAACGGAAACAGCAGCACCCUCAGUGUAUCACAGCUUGCCAGGAAUGUGAUAGAAGCCUCAUCGUCGGUAAUCAAUAUCACACCACGCCUCGACGGAGAGGCCUUCUGUGCGCUCUUCUGCGGGGCGAACCUUCGUGUGGAAGCGUUGGGUGUGGCAGUGGCCAUAGGGGCCUUAGGUGAAUGA